AUGUGCGAAAGAAAGCCGUGGCCUUCGACGGUCCAUGACUACACUUGCGACUUCUUUGACAAAGUUUUUGGCAAAGCAGCGCCAACUUAUUACCAAUUCGAAGAUAGAGUCAAAAAAGUGAAGGAAGACGCACUUGGAAGGGAGAAUGAUGUUGAAGAAAAGGUUGAGGAUACCCCUGAACAGUCUACAGACCAAGUAGAAGAGAAUGAGGUGAGUUUCCAUAGCGAUUAUGAGUAAUAUAACCAAAAGAUAUUAGUUUAGACCUAAAAUAAGGUAAAAAAAUCCGAUUUUUUCUCUAAAUCAAGGUCUAGAUGCCUCAGAAUUGACGGACACAUAGUCUUAGGUGCUUUAGAAUGUAUGUAUUUUAUUUCUAAACAUCUGUUUUUUCAGAAACAGCCUACCGAAAAAUCCGAUGACUCUGAAGAUGCCACCGAAGAAACGACUGAGAACGCAGGUAAAUACCUGUCGUAUUUUAGGAAUUUUAAGAAAUAUGAUAGCUGAAAUACUAUUUUAUCAAAUAUGAUGUCUAAAUUUGAUAGCAAUAGUAUUUUAGGUAGCAAUUUUCGAACUUUAUAAAAUCAUCAUAUUUGAUCUAAAGUAAUAUAAUUUGUUAAAUUUCAUGACGCUUGGUGGGAAUUUUAUGGGAUAAAUAGUUUUAUUGGGACAUAAAAAGUAUAUCCUUUAUAUUUUCAGAUGACCAGCCCGAAAAUGUCGCCAAGCCGGCCUAG